AUGAUCCAAAUGCAACGGUCACUCUCUCUUCCUGGGCCUGCCCACGCCUCCGUUUCCCCUACUACCACGCAGGUCCCCUCGCGAAGCCCGACUCCAACCCCUCUUGAAACCCCUGCUCUCCCAAGACUCCACCGGUACCAGUCCCAAAGUCCUAGUAGACCCCCUACAUCCUAUAAAGAGAAGCCCGCAGAUCGAGAGAGAACUCGAAGUAGCACGCGACAAACCUCUCCAUCUCCUGCCUCACGGCAAAGACAAGAUUCGUCCCAAGGUUCUUUGAAUUCAAAGAACCCUGAGAUCGCUCUUCCAGCCACCAAAUUGCCACAGCUGCCCCUUCUCCAAGAUGUUUCCCAAUACAUAAACCCGCAGAUUGCAGCAGUCACAGCUGCGACUGCUUCCACAACGUUGGAGGAACUUGCCCAUCUAGUCCGGCUCUCCACCUACCAAGAGAGGAAGAGAAUCCAUUCCCGGCUACGGCUACAAAGAUCUUUGGUUUCUACUGCUCUUUCCGCGCGUCUGGCCCGUUGCGGAGAAUUGGCUCACCGAACACUAGUUGAUAAUUUUAGGGGCGAUGAAAAGAAGAACUUUGCUAGCCUUUACAAUGCUAUCCAUGAUGUCCGGAACUCAUGUGAUGCAACUCGUCGGUAUGCAUUAUUGGAACCAGACUUGGAUGGAGAACGCCCAAACCCUGGUGGACAAGAGACCAGUUCUUUGACAACUUUCAUGCAUGAAAUACCCCAGCGUUCCCGCGAUACCCUUCUUAGAUUUCUGACCCAGAUCCGGACAAACCCAGACUAUUUGGCCAGUCGGAUUGCAAGUCUUUCAGCCCCAGAGCUCUCUGCUCUAACAUCAUUCCACCAGGGAUUGGAAGCCGUUGAUUCUGUUUUGCCAUUUCAUAAUCGUUCGAAAGGCCAUGCUUCUGGUAACCACCGAAGUUCCGUACAUAUACCCUCUGCAGUUGAGCGUUUACUUUCAUUCCAGCGUCAUGAUCCGUUGUCUGCUUUAAUUCAUACUUGCUUUGCAAAUUCAGCUGGCCCAGACUCCGUGGAAGACCUUAGGAGAACUGACGUGUGGGCCACCACAUGUGCACGACUGAUUACUGAGAGCAAGACCGGCGUCGAUCCCUUUAUUUGUAGCGUACUUAAUGUUUGGACAGCCAUGCGGGACUGGUCUGGAAGAAGCAAUAUGGAAUGGUAUCUCAUGAAAAUCCUAGAGGAUGGAGCCUUCUUAUUGGAAAAAGCCGAGGACCAAGCGGGAACCCGUAUUCAUGUGGAACCACGGAACGCCAAGGACUCGAUAGCAGCUGAUGAGUUCUAUACCGCUGCCGUCCAAGGACUUUUUGAAAUAGUUGAUGACCCUGGAGCAGGUGGAAUUCCUGAAGGCCUCAUUGAACUUGGAAAUGCCACUCUCCGUAAACUUGACCCCAAAAGACACAUGGCUACAAGGAAAUUCCUAGUCUCCAAAUGGCUCUUUCAAGUUUUCCUGCUUAAUGUCAUCAUCCACCCGGAGUCCUACGGCAUGAUGUCGGAGUACCACAUUACCGAAUAUGGCAGGCAGAAGAUUUUGAGAGAAGUUGGGAUGCGAGCCUUGCGACUUGUCGUUGAUAUGGUCUGGAACAAAUCAUCCUCAUCCUCAGCUCCUCUUGCGAUCAAGGGUCAUAUUGAGAACAUCAUGGCACGAUUCAAGUCAAACCGCCCUUCCCGGUCCAAAGCGAAGCUCCUUCCAGCAAGAUCCAUAACGUCCUUGCGAGAGACAGUGGAAGUUCAUCCCUAUCUCGUUCUUGGACCUUCGGACCUCGUGACUAUAGUCAACGCUCUUUUCCCCGAAAGACGUCCAGCCUCUAGCUCUCUAGCUAAAGAGAUACAUGGUUUGCGCUCUUCUGCAUCAUCAAUUUCAGGAAUGUCUGUGAUGACUGCAUCAAUCCCAAUGCCUACUCAACGUAAUGCUUUUGAUAACGCCUCUGUCAUUAGCAAUAGUGGAUCGUCAGUGAUCAGCGAUACCACUACGUCUCGUGAACCUCUUCUCGAUGAGAAUUCGAAUGCCACUCAGCGAUAUUCUUCUGUGAAUCAAAAUCAACGCCUCAGCCUCUAUGAGGAUGACGGAUUCGAGCUUCGCGUCGCACUCUACGAGAUGACUCAAGCAUUAGGGACUGAUGGGACUACUGGUACAUGUCAUCCAUGCGCCGAACGUUGGGCUGUUUUAUUCAUGUCUCCUGAUGGCCAAAACCUGUCUACUCAGAUGCUACAUGAUCCGGAUGAUGAUGGCGAAGAAGAAGACAACACCACUAGCAGCGACAGCGAGGAUGAGGGCUCUGGAGCACGUCCAGAUCUCGACAAAGACUAUCAUCAACUCAGAGAUUCGAUCCUGAAGCUAGUUGAAGACUAUGAGAUUCCUCAAUCCCUUAACUCCAAGACCGAAUCAAAGACCUUCAGUAACAGGACAUCCGUACUUGAAAGCCCUCGAAAGAAGCAUCGCAGUCGGCCAGGUUCAUCGGCACAAGCACAGUCGAAGAAUCCAUACCGACCACGUGAUCCGUCGCCAACUGAUCGAAAUGCCAAACGAGCCUCUUCCAAGUCGUCACGACAUCGUCACGACACCGACAGUGGAAAAGAGUCUGAAGAUCAACCCUCAGUCCUGAUUACUAUGCUUGAGGCAGCAGGGUCGCAAUGCCAAGCUCAGUCGGAUUUUGUCAAUGCUCACUUGUAUUGGAAGACACUGAAUCUACUUCAUCAACUGUCAUCUCCAUCACUGAAGCGAGACGGUUUCUCUUCACUCCUGACUAUCUUUUCUAGAGGUCCUAGAGACCUUAUUCGGCGGUCGACGAGCGCGGUUGAGGAGUAUGAUGCGUGGUUGGUUUGGCUAAAGCAAUCCCAGGAGCGUCACGAUGUGACCAUCGAAUCAAUGAUGAAACGCCUCAAGUCUCUCAGAGAUAAGAUGUGGUAUGUCACGGAUGUGAGGAAUUCGGCCGCUUACGAAGGUGCUCGAAACAUUGCCGUUGCGCUCAAGUGCAUGGCAGCGCCCAAGAAAGUCUCAUACAUGCCGCCAGCUAGCAUGCGACCGCGGAACAUGUCCAGAUCCUCUACAAACAAUUUUUUGCUGAAGACCGAAGCCCAAGUUAUGGAUAUGAUGGCUGCAGUCGAGGAGCAAGGUGGUCCAAACAAGUUGUCGGACGAACAAUCUGAGAAGACGUUACGUUGGCUUUCCCAAUUUGGCAUCGAAAACUUCUGCAAGGGCGAGGAACGAAUCCACAGAUUUUGUUUGGAGAUUGAAGCCUGUAUCAAUAAGCUAGUUGGAGAUAACCUCAUGGAAGGGCCUGUUCUUUGGUCUAGCGAAUUGUAUCAUCGGGAUAAACGAAUUUUGGACAGUGGGCGGCAAAAAGCAGACUUAUUCAUCAACGGCUUUGGGUCUCUCAACAUAUCGGGAGAUGAUCUUACUGAUCCUGAUGCAGGUCGUCGAGGUCUAAGAAAUACGGAUUUCAAUCGAUCUGGCCUCAGAGAUCUCCGAACAAUGUCUGCACGAAACAACUCUCAACAAAGCUUCGAUUCGGGAAGAUUUAGCAUGUCUCGGAUAAGUACAACCGGUGAUUUGAUGGAUUCACAAGAUUACUUCGGUAUGGCCAGUCCUGUUUUGGCUAUCGACUCGGCAACUACGUUUUGGUCACCAUUCCAGGCCCGAGCUCAGUCACCAUCUACAAGUAUUAGCAGUGCUCGUCCAGACACCGCAUCCUCAACAAACGAGACCGUCAUAUUGAAAGAAGACCGCGCAACUCAAGCAAAGCAGCGUUUCCUCAUAGACCUAAAGCAAACUUUAACUAGCUUACUGCUUAGUGAUCUGGGAACUCUCGUCUUUGCGAGAGGAAGUGAAACUGACUCUUGGUUCGCGGGUGAUCUUGGCCAGGAUUGUAUGGAAAGGAGAGAGCGUGCGGACCGAAAGGCUCGAAGAAGAAGCAAAAAACGAACACUCGAGAAGAAAAAAAGCUUCCGAGAUCUUCGAGGAGCGCAGAGAAUCGAUUUGCCCGGUGAACGGCCUGAUGCGUAUAUUGACCGCACCGAAAGAGUGUCGUCGAAUACUACGAGAACUUCCUUGGACCGUGCAGAUUCUCAAGCAAACACGGAAAGCUCGUCUACCAGCGACACUGUUGUUCAUAGGCGACAGAAGAGUGUGUCGAAAGAGUUGGACUCUCCUGAUUUCCCUUAUAGACAGGCGUUUCAACAAUUGUUGAGGAUGUUUUCAGUGCAUCCCAAUCCACAUGCCAAGCUAAACGCCCUGUAUGAACUGCAGCAACUCAUCAUUGCCUACCUUACACCAUCUGCUCCUCGACGACCACGUCUCCGGCAGGACACCAUAACUAAUGCCCCUCAAUCCCCUGAAGUGCAGCAUAUAAAUGCUUUCGCGUAUACCGAGACUUCCCCGGCCGCACCGCGUGCCAAAAAUCUUGAGGAGGCAAUUGAUAAUUGCAAGGAACGACGCUCACAUACACUCCACCAACCGGAGACCAGUUCUCCUGUCCAUCGAAAUUCCGAGCGAUCAUCAAAUGUACCCACUCCAGCUAGCACCGAUAUGAUCGUUGAUGUCCUACAAGAUUUGUUCCGUGAUCCAGACAUCCGUCCAAAGACACUUUUCCGAGACCUCCAAUUCAUUGCAUCCUUCGUCCCAGCUGCUGUCUUGGACAAAACGGAGCGUGGCAAGGCCUUUUGGGAUGCAGGGCUUGCAGCCCUUGGGUUGAAACAAGACGUUUGCCGCACGCUCGUCGAGAUCGCCGACGAAGUGGUGGUCCAUUACACACAAACGCGCAAAACUGUUUCCAUCCCGGAAGCUUUGCCACCAACCAACGCGAAUGGCGAGCUCAUGAAAUAUAGCAUGCAAGAUGCCGCCAAGAUGUGGACUAUCACUGCCAAAGAAGGAGACCCGGUCGCUGAACGCGAACUUGCUAUCUUCUACCUCACUCAUCCCGAGUUGGUCGAGAGGGUCACGGCGCCAUUGAGCAAGCCAAGAGAAACAUUCAAAGCGCAAGUCAUGGAGAUGCAUGGCGGAGGCAGCACGGGUAAGGAAGAGCGAGAUAGAGAGCGCAGUGAUCCAGCCACAAUGUGCGCCGCCUAUCACUGGAUGGAGCUCAGUGCCCUCGGCGGUGACGAGCUUGCCAAGAAGUACUUGAGACAGCGGGAAGAGCUUAACGCUAUCCCUUGA